AUGCAGAAAGCCACCUACUACGACAACACCGCAGCUGCGCUCUUCGGAGGCUACUCCUCGUACCCAGGCAGCAAUGGCUUCGGCUACGACGGGCCCCCCCAGCCACCUUUUCAGGCGGCCACGCACCUCGAGGGUGACUAUCAGCGCUCAGCUUGUUCGCUGCAGUCCCUGGGCAACGCCACCCCACAUGCCAAGAGCAAGGAGCUCAACGGCAGCUGCAUGAGGCCUGGCCUGGCCCCCGAGCCCCUGCCCGCCCCUCCCGGCUCACCCCCGCCCAGCGCCGCACCUACCAGUACCACUAGCAACAGCAAUAAUGCGGGCGGGCCCAGCAAAAGCGGCCCCCCCAAGUGCGGCUCCAACUCCACCCUCACCAAACAGAUAUUCCCCUGGAUGAAAGAGUCGAGGCAAACGUCCAAGCUGAAAAACAGCUCCCCCGGCACAGGUACCGGCUGCGGCGGUGGCGGCGGCGGCGCUGGAGGAGGAGGAGGAGGUAGUGGCAGCGGGGGUGGCGGCGGCGGCGGGGGAGGGGACAAGAGCCCCCCAGGGUCGGCGGCGUCCAAGCGGGCGCGGACGGCAUACACGAGCGCGCAGCUGGUGGAGCUGGAGAAGGAGUUCCACUUCAAUCGCUACCUGUGCCGGCCGCGCCGCGUGGAGAUGGCCAACCUGCUGAACCUCAGCGAGCGGCAGAUCAAGAUCUGGUUCCAGAACCGGCGCAUGAAGUACAAGAAAGACCAGAAGGCCAAGGGGCUGGCCUCUUCCUCGGGUGGCCCCUCCCCCGCCGGCAGCCCCCCUCAGCCCAUGCAGUCCACCGCUGGCUUCCUGAACGCCUUACACUCAAUGACUCCCAGCUAUGAGAGCCCGUCCCCGCCCGCCUUCGGCAAAGCCCACCAGAAUGCCUACACGCUGCCCUCCAAUUACCAGCCCCCUCUGAAAGGCUGUGGCGCACCGCAGAAGUACCCCCCGACCCCGGCGGCGCCCGACUACGAGUCCCACGUUCUCCAAGCCAACGGGGGCGCGUACGGGACGCCCACCAUGCAGGGCAGCCCGGUGUACGUGGGCGGGGGAGGCUAUGCGGAUCCGCUGCCGCCCCCUGCUGGCCCCUCCCUCUACGGCCUCAACCACCUUUCCCAUCACCCCUCGGGGAACCUGGACUACAACGGGGCGCCCCCAAUGGCCCCCAGCCAGCACCACGGACCCUGUGACCCUCACCCUACCUACACAGACCUCUCCUCUCAUCAUGCGCCUCCUCCUCAGGGUAGAAUCCAAGAAGCGCCCAAAUUAACACACCUGUGA